CGCACUACAUAUAUAACACAGCUUUAAACUUCGGAUGAAUUAAAAAGUUUUUAAAUUUUUUUCCAGACAACAUUGGUUUGGUACUUAAGAAAAAAUGAACAUAUUCCUGCUUCUCAUAGGAGCUUUGGUGCUGUUUCAUGCAUCAAAUGCUGAACGUACACGUGCCGAACUUGAUGCAGCAACAUAUCUUGAAAAUGUCAAUAACGAAAUAAACAACAUGGUUAAUAUCGAAACCUUAGCUUCAUGGGCUUUCGAUUCGAAUAUUACCGAUGCCAAUGAAAAAGCUCGCAAUAAAGCUUCGGCUGAGAGAGCAAAAUUUAUGAAAAAAAUUGCUGCCGAUUGUAAGAAAUUCGAAUGGCAACGAUUUGAUGAUGCCGAUUUGAGAAGACAAUUCAAAAUGCUUACGAAAUUGGGCUAUGCAGCUUUGCCAGAAAAAGACUACGAUGAACUUUUGUCAGUUUUAUCGAAAAUGGAAUCAAAUUAUGCAAAAAUUAAAAUUUGUAAUUAUAAAGAUCAAACCAAAUGCAAUAUGCAAUUGGAACCGGAAAUUGAGGAUUUAUUGCCAAAGAGUCGUGAUCCUGAGGAAUUAAAGUAUUAUUGGCAAAUGUGGUAUGAUAAGGCUGGUACAGCAGUUAAAGAUAGUUAUAUGAGGUAUUUGGAGCUUAAUUUACAAGCAGCCAAGUUGAACAAUUUCACUUCUGGAGCUGAAGCCUGGUUAUCUGAGUACGAAGAUGACACUAUGGAACAACAACUUGAAGCUAUCUAUGGUGAAAUUCGUCCCCUUUAUGAACAAAUCCAUGGAUAUGUUCGAUCGCGUUUGAGGCAGGUGUAUGGUGAAAAAGUUGUCUCAGAGAAGGGACCAAUUCCAAUGCAUCUGUUGGGUAAUAUGUGGGGACAAACUUGGGGUGAAGUUGCUAGCAUUUUGACUCCAUUCCCUGAAAAACCUUUAAUCGAUGUGACUGAUGAAAUGGUUCGUCAGGGUUAUACCGCAAAGAAAAUGUUCGAAAUGGGUGAUCAAUUCUUCCAGUCUUUGAAUCUUAAGAAAUUACCACAGACAUUCUGGGAGAAGAGUAUUAUCGAAAAACCAACCGAUGGCCGUGAUUUGAUCUGUCACGCCAGUGCUUGGGAUUUCUAUCUAAACAGCGAUGUUCGAAUUAAACAAUGCACACGAGUUACCAUGGAUCAACUAUUUACAGUUCACCACGAACAAGGACACAUUCAAUACUUUUUACAAUAUGCACAUCUUCCUCAUGUUUAUCGAACUGGUGCAAAUCCUGGAUUCCAUGAAGCUGUUGGUGAUGUCUUAUCUCUGUCGGUCUCAACACCAAGACAUUUGGAAAAGAUUGGUUUAUUGAAGGACUAUAAAAUGGACAAAGAAGCUAGAAUCAAUAAGUUGUUUUUGACAGCUUUGGACAAAAUUGUAUUUUUACCAUUUGCCUUUACAAUGGACAAAUAUCGUUGGUCAUUAUUCCGUGGAGAAGUUAAACCUGAGAAUAUGAAUUGUGCUUUUUGGAAAUUGAGAGAAGAGUACUCAGGUAUUGAACCACCAGUUGUGAGGAGUGAAAAAGACUUUGAUGCUCCUGCUAAAUAUCAUGUUUCUGCUGAUGUGGAAUACUUGAGAUAUCUUGUAUCCUUCAUCAUUCAAUUCCAAUUUUACAAAUCAGCUUGUAUUAAAGCUGGACAAUAUGACCCAAAGAAUCCAGAACUUCCACUUGAUAAUUGUGAUUUCUAUGGAAGUGCCGAAGCUGGAAAGGCUUUUGAAAAUAUGCUUUCAUUGGGAGCUUCAAAGCCAUGGCCUGAUGCAAUGGAAGCAUUCAAUGGUGAACGUAUAAUGAGUGGUAAAGCUAUAGCUGAAUAUUUUGAACCUUUAAGAAUUUGGUUAGAAGCUGAAAAUGUUAAAAAUAACGUUUAUAUUGGAUGGAACAAAUCUGACAAGUGCGUAGCAUAAGAUGACAAUUACGAAGAAUGACAUUACCAAAAUUAAUUUAUUUUUAUUAGAAUUUAAUUUUUUUUUUUUUAAAGGACAAUUUCAAAAACUUACAGACAAAGUAAAAUAAUUUUAAAACAGUACCUACGUAAUUUA